UUUCCAGAAAAAUGUCAGGAUUUCCUUUUCCUAACAUCUACACAAACUGCCAUUGUCUAGACUGGUUUCAUUUCCUCACGGCUGUCAGCUAAGCAGCAGGUGUCCCUGUGAUAGGCUGUAGAGUCCUCUGAGUGUAUGCCCAGAAGUGGUAGAGUUGGGUCAUAUGGCAGUUGUAAUUUUAGCUUUUGGAGACACCUCCACACAGAUUUCUUUAGUGGCUGCACCAGUUUAGACUCCCGCCACAGUGGUAAACGGUCCCCUUUCCCCUUGUUCUCCUCAGUAUUGAUAGUCUGACGACAGCCGUUCUGACUAAAAUAAGAUAUAAUCUCAAUUUUAAUUUACAUUUCCUUGAUAUGUAAAGACCACCCUUUCAACACAGAUGUUAGAACCAUUGCAUUUUUUUUUUAAAUCGAAUUACAGAUGAUCUCCAAAAACCUAGUAUAGAGCAAACUGUUUUUUAACUUAAUUGUGUGUUUCCUUCCAGGCCUCAUACUUGGGUUUUGUUCAACCCCCCAUUCAUAGGAUUGUUAGCUUUCCCAUACUUAGUUAUUGUGCAAUUAGCCACGUUAAGUACAAAGAAGCAGUGGCCAGAGGGAGGUGUCACAAUAGACAAAGGCAUUUUGAUCGACGCAAAAACAUGUUGGUGUUCGUAUGUCUAACUCCUGCAUAACUAAUUCUGGCAAGAAAGAAGCAAACUCGAAAGUUUCCUAAGGAUUUGCUUAAGAUAAACACGAGAAAGGCUAAGAAACGCCACCCUUACCAGCACAGGUCUUCAUCAUUGCUGGCUGUGUAAAGCUAAGCAAACUUCGCUUCAAUGUCUAAGCCUUUCUUGACAGACAGCAGCUUUGUGUGUCUGUCACCUCCUAGUGACUUUCAAGACCCUGGAGGUCAGACAGGCACCGCCUCCCACCGCCAGCGAAAGAAACCACCCUGAACUUGAGUCCAGAAAACCUAAGGAAGGAGACUUAAGAGCCCUUCUGCAGCAAAGACCCAGACUGGCCGCUGGAGCGCGGCACUGAGCAGGAUCUACUUUGUGCCGGACGUGUGGGGCGUGAUGGCGGGCCUGUGUUGUCGUCGCUAUGGAGAUGGGGCUGUCCUGCCCCGUCUGUGAACAGGAGAACUGCCCCUCCAUUUCACUAUACUGUGCCAAGAGGAGUCUGCGGCAGCCCUGCUCAGCCCCUUGGCCACUUCCCGGAGUUCCUAGAAGUGGAAGAAAGUAAUUUGCUGAGAUGUCACUCGGGAGCUUUCCCCAGAGAAGUCUGGAAAUGGAGAGUUUCCACACAAGAUUCAGCACAUGGACUCCUUUUAACAACCGGUCCUUAAACAGACAGCUCUUUCAAGAAAGAGUUACUCUCAUAAAUCACUGGUUUGGCCUCUGGACCCACAAGCAACGGCAGGAGUUCUUAUUUGCAAUUCUUUCACAAUGCUCUAAGUCACAGCUCAGGUUCAUCCAAGACUGGUUUUCAGAGAGGAAGCAGGUGGCUAGCGUGGAUUUCUCGACUGUGUUACCACGUUCCAUUUCUCUUUAUAUCUUCUCCUUCCUGAAUCCGAAAGACCUGUGUGCAGCUGCUCAAGUCAGCUGGCCCUGGAAGUUUCUAACGGAACAGGACUGCUUAUGGAUGCCCAAAUGCACGAGGCUUGGGUGGUUUCUGCCCUAUACUCCAACACAGAAUGAAUACGGAGCUUGGAAGCACCACUACAUUGCUUGUGUGUCCAGCUUGGAUUGGCUAACGCCCAGGGAAGCUGCUGCUGUUUAUGGGACGCUGAAUGAGCCCAAAACCGAGGAUGAGGAGUUCAAGGAGAGGCAAAGAGAAAAAUGCCUGAGGAAAAUCAUUUGGGAGAAAAUUGCAUUCCGUAAAAAGGAGUUAUUCAAAGCUCGACCCCCUUGGCUGAGUGGAACGCGCUGUUCCAGGUCCAUGAGCCUGCCCGGUGGCCCUUGGAUGCAGAGAGAAGGAGCAGGAUUCUAUGAAGCUUUGGAGAGGCAGCUUGUUCUGGCAUCUUUAGAUGCUUUGCCCACACGAAGCAAUCUCUCUGGAAGCCACUCCUCCCCUUUCUUAGUAAAGAAAAAUCAUCACGGGGUUGGAGGAACCGAUGACAGCUCUUCCUGUGCCUUGCAACCGUGCGUCAUCCUGAUCUCAUCGCGGAUUCCCGCCUAUGAGAUGGUGGUGGAGAGCGUUAAGGUGGGCGUUGUGACCGUGCCCUAUGAACACAGUGGUGUGACCUUGGAGGGCCUGCUUCAUCUCCUAGACAGAGCUCUGAAAGGGCGGAAGGCACGGAGCCUGGGAAUAUUUAGCGGUGGAAACAGCCGAGAAAUUGACUUACUCCAAGGCUAUAAAAUUUCUAUUAAAAAUUUACUGUGGCCUGAAGUGAGAGACUUCUGGGAGAAGCUGGGAAGCUAUGUGGCUGCCGAAGAAGAAGGGGGCCGGGUAGACUUCUUUGUGCCACUUGGAGCAUCAGAAGCAGGCCUAGAAGUUCUUUCUCAGCUGUCUCAGCUAACUGGCACAUUCUUCUCCGCCCCCACCGGAAUCGCGACUGGUUCAUUCCAACACAUUCUUAGUGACUGGCUGGGGCCACAGCAGGACAGGCCGCCUCCUUCUGACUACUUCAGUGAGUCUAAGCUGCAGGCAUGGACCAACUUCACGGACUCCCUGGAAGACACCUUGAAGUCAGUGAGGAAGGAGUUCCGCCCACUCUUCAAGAACUUGCAGAGGAGCAUCAGCGGCCGGAUCCUGGGGCAACUUAUGUUUGACUCUUUGAGUAUGGCCAGCAUCCUAGAUAACCAAGAUGCUGCACAGGCUCUGGCGGAUGGGCUGCUGGAGUUGUCAAAAGAAGGAUCUGACAAACCUCUGGAAUUUUUGUCAUCUUUUCUGCUGAAGAAAUCUAGUAAAAAGAGCGAGGAAUUUGAAGGAAAUGAUAUUCUGUUAGACUGUGACGUAAAAGUAACAUCAGAUCCACUCAUGAAGGAAAGAGGUGCCAUAGAAGACAAUUUUCAGGACACAAAGUCUAGUCCAAACCAAAGCAACUUGAACAUGGAGGUGCUGUUUAAGCUGGAGAGAAAGCUCCAGAUGAACUCAGUAGAGAAACGAACCCGAGUUGUGAAGGAACUUGUGCAGAGCGAGAGACGGUAUGUGCAGAUGCUGGGAAUCGUGAGGGACGUAUACGCCAGGCCCCUGAGGGCAGCGCUCGCCUCAAACAGAGCCAUUCUGAGUGCUGCCAAUAUACACAUCAUUUUCUCUGAUGUUCUACGCAUCUUAAAUCUCAACAGAGAAUUUCUAGCUAACCUAAGAGACAGACUACAGGAAUGGAGCCCAGCCCACUGUGUGGGAGAAAUAUUCAUAAAAUUUGGAAGGCAGCUGAACACAUACACCAAUUUCUUCAACAACUAUCCAGUUGUUCUGAAAACCAUUGAGAAGUGCAGAGAAAUGACACCAGCAUUCAGAGCUUUCUUGAAGAGGCAUGAUAAUACCAUUGCUACUAAAAUGCUCAGCCUGCCAGAACUGCUCCUGUACCCAUCCCGGAGAUUUGAAGAAUAUAUACACCUUCUCUAUGCUCUGAGACUCCAUACUCCUGCAGGACAUAUAGACCGUGGGGAUCUGACCGCUGCAAUUGAUCAAAUCAAAAACUAUAAAGGCUACAUAGAUCAGAUAAAGGAAAACAUCAAAAUGAGAGAGCAGCUGACCCACGUACAGACCACCAUCUCAGACUGCCCCACUCUAUCAGAAGCAAACAGAUACCUGAUUAGGAUCCAAGAUGUAGUUCAACUUCACUGCUAUGAUGAGGAAAUGGAUUUCCCUUUAAGGCUCUAUGAACAGACCCGAGACCUCAGCCUCUUCCUCUUCAAUGAUGCACUGCUUGUUACCAGUCGGGCCACAUCUCAUACUCCAUUUGAAAGGACGUCCAAAACAACCUACCAGUUCAUUGCGUCAGUGGCCCUUCCCAGGAUGUUCAUAGAAGACAUUCCAGAUUCCAAAUAUGUCAAGAAUGCGUUCAUUCUUCAAGGUCCAAUGCGUGAAUGGAUCUGUGCUACUGAGGCGGCAGAUGACAAAUUCCUCUGGUUGUCUGCACUCCAAACGGCAAUCAGAAGCAGUAUGAAGUAAAACUAGACUCAAAACAGACAAGAGGGUCUUUGGAAAGUCAUAUACCAGGUUUCCUGCGUCAGAACAUCUAGUAAGAAGCACACAGGGAACAGUCAUGGAUGUGGGGAGAUGACAGAGCUAGGACCGCCUGUGAGGUUGCUUCCAACUCCUUAAUGUGUGAUUAAGUUUUGUGGAAUGUGUAAGAACAUGUCUAAGAUUUUGAACUACAUCUUUUGGUAGCUACUGCUCACAGGGGCUAUUUAAAACAAUUUGACCUAUGUAGAUUUUAAAAGCGAGUAAUGAAAAAUCAGAAUGAACAAUGUUUCUUUCACGAGCAUUCUAGAACAAUACUUGAACUUGUUUGUGAUUCACAAAUCAACAUCAACUUUUCAUGAAGCAAUUAAUGAUUUUUAAGGGUAUGUCUGAGAAAGAUAAUUGGCAGCCUUCUAAAGCAAUGUCAAAUGUGAGUGAAGUCCUUUUUAAAGCAUUAGAAUAUGCCAUUUCAAAAUACCAGAACGUUUAGUGGGUUUUGUUUGCUUUCUGUAAUUUUUACUUUUUAAGACCAAAUUCUUAGAUCUCCCAAAUAACCCUAAUUUUUUUAAAAAAUAAUACUAUCAGAAAUGCAGUGGUAGGAGAAUCCAAUUCUUAAAUAAUGAAAAUUAGUGAAUGGGACUAGAGCUCCAUCUCACUGGAGCCCACAUGUCAAUUAUAACCUCUCACUCCAGUUCUGGGGAAACUGAUCAUCUCUUUGGCCUCCACGGGUGCCAGGAAUGGACAGUGCACAGAUACUUGCAGGCAACACAUACACACACACCCAUAAAAUUAAAAUAACCUGUAAAGAUGAAUGGAGAUUGUUGCAUUCCAGGCUCAGGACCCAGAGACUCCUGCACUGGAAUGGGCCUGAAGGCCUCCUCCCUAAGGACUAGCUUUCCAAGUACCCAGAAGGUGCCAAAUAAGCUUCCAAAGGAGGGAAGCAACCAAGAGUGUCCCUAGCUAUGAUGUCUAUGAGAUACAAUGACCAGCAUGGCAUGAUGACCCUAAGAGUGCAGCUUUGGCAUGUGUACCUGGGCACAGCUCUCUAAUUGUAGUUAAGAUCACCUUAAGAUGAAGGAAACCAUGGCCAAUACCGGAAGCCUAAUCAGGGCUAGUGAUGUCAUGAAUCUUGGAGGACAAUCUACAACCACCACUUUACUAAACCGGCAUAAUCCCUAGCUAUAUUCUAAAUAUUUGCCCUCUUAGUCACAGACAAGUGUGGUCAUCCCUCAAUAAGGAAACCUUUGCAACAACUGGAAUCACUGUAGAAACCCACAACCAAUCAAAUAGCAGAUUUAUAGAACCCAGUCCCAAUGGACUCAUCUACAAAACAUCCCCAGAACCUAAGGCUGAGAGAACACUGUGGAAGGCAGGGGUUACAAGAGCAGGGGUUUUAAGAGCCAGAGGAUCGGGGAGUUUGCUAUGUGAAUGUGUCUCCCAGUAAUGUCACAAGCUACACCCAUAAAGUCUCACCAACAUGACUGCCUAAACAGGAGCCGAACAAGGAUGACUACAAUAGAAGUGUCAGCAUGGGUGGGUGAAAGAUCAUCAGGCCCCAAUCCUACACAAAAACUAUAGACAACCGCGGGGUGCUGAGAGAGGGAGAAACAAUCUUCCCCAGGGAAGACAACAAUUGGAUAUCCAGUACCAACUGGUCAGUCCUGAAAACAUGCAUACAAAUAACACAGACUGAAAAGACUGCAUUUAGGAAUAUGGUUGUAUAUACACAUAUGUAUACAUACACACACACAUAACAAUUAAUGAAAGAUGAGGCCAUGAAUUUAAAGAUAGCAAGGAGGGGUUCAGGGGGAAGUUUAGAAGGAGGAAAGAGGAAAAUGAUAGAAUUAUACCAUAAUCUCAAAAACUAGAAGUAGCCAGGCAUAGUGACUGAUGUAUGACUUUAAUUCUAACACUUUGGAGGCUGAGGCAGGAAGAUCUCUGAGUUUGAGGCCAGCUUAGUUUACAGAGUUCCAAGAUAGCUAGGGAUAGAAACCCUGUCUUAAAAGUAAAUAAUAAAGAAAAAUGGAAAAAAACUUUUGCUACUUUCUGUUUCAUAAUGUAUUUUGGUAAUUAAACCUAUUGUACAGUAUAUAAUUGUGAACUCAGGGUACUUUAUUUAUUUUACUGAAACUAUAAUUUCUAAUUCUCAGAAGUUUAAAAUUCUGGCUAAAAUAUAUAGAAUUUGAAUAUCGUAUUCUCCUAUUAUUACACUAACCAGUUCUCAUGUGAAUACCCUCUGAAGUUUACAAACGUUACUUGAAACUGUUGUCUAUGAAGCUUUUGUGUGUGCCUGCACACAAUGUCAGGGGACAGUCCUGGGUGGUACUCUUCAGGUGCCUUCCAUAUUUGUUUUUAAAAGACUGGGUCUCUCACUGGCCUGAGACUACAAGCGUCCCACCAUGCCUGGCUUCAAAAAUUCACAAACUGGGUUCUGUGAGUUAAACUUCCUUGCAAGAUAAGCACUCACUAGCUGAAGUGUAGGACCCUGGCCCUGUAAAAGUGCCAGCAGUUAGCACCUCAGUCCUGCAGAGAGCAGUAAUAUUCUGAAAUGGCUUUCCCACUCCUUAUGUAAUGCUUUCAUCCUUUCCCUUCACCUCCAGGGAACAAUGAAGAAAGACCUGUCUUCAUAGUUCGUAAGCUUACACCACUCCUGUUGAAUUACACCCUUACAUAAACACACACAAAUAGUUAAGUCACGGGUGAAAUUGGUCAAGAAAAACAUGAACCCUGACCCUGAGUUGGCAUGUGAGGAAGGAAAGCUUCUGAGAAACA